GUGCAGUUUGAGCGUUUGCAGGAGCGUGUGUCUGCUUCUGGAGGCUGCGCAGACAAGAAAGGCGAAGCAGCAGGAUUUCAUACAGAAGAGUGCACACAAGGACGCUCAGGAUAAGAAGCCAAAUUCUGCACUGCAGUCCAUUUCCUCAGGUGUGCAUGUAUGUAUGUGUGUGUGAGUGUGUAUAAGUGUGUGGGUGUCUGAUCUGACAGCAGACUCAGUGUAGGUUCAGUACACGUUCUCAUUAACAUCUGGAGAACCUGCAGAAGCUUUGGGGCAUCGUCUGGAGGUCGCCCCGUCCUAGAAAACUGUGCCACCCUCCAGUUUUCAGACCACCUUGUUCCCCCUCCACCUUUUCUCUUCCCAUCACAUGCACAGUAUGGUGGCUGGUUAGUCUGUCUGCACAUUUGUAGGCCUCAGACUGGAGUGCUGUGACUGACGGGCGGAUUCAUACGGUGGAUUUUUAAAGAACUGCAUGGAUAUUCAACCAAAUCUACAGCAUUAAAGGAAGGCCAACUGUUCAAUUCAGCUUCGCUACACUUGGAGGACCUACAUUUUUGGAUUAAGAAGGUUGGACCUGCUCGCCAUGCUGUUGUAGGACUAAAAAAAGAGUCAAAUUUCACCUCAGGGAUCAGAUUUUUAUCAUUUCCACCUUGUCAUCCAAGUCAGCACAACACAGCAAAUCGCAGGCGCCAUUACAGGUUGCACAGGUUGAGAUCCAGUUCACCUCAGGGAUUUUUAAAUAACAGCGUUUUUGUUUGGUAUUUUUCCAAGGCGUUGAUUUCACUGUUAACGCAGCAACUCUCAGGCAACAUCUAUAUUUUUGGCUUUAGAAACUGUCCUAUGAACUCCUGUUUUCAUGGCAUCUGACAGUUUCCAGUACCGGGCGCUCUUUGAGUACAAGCGAGAGCGUGGUGAUGACAUCAGCCUUCAGUCAGGCGACCUGCUCACCGUCCAAAAGGCCUCGCUGAUGGCGGUGCCAGGGCGGAACUACCAGGAUGGGGACGAGCGGAGCCCCAAAGGCUGGCUGCACGGCACUAAUGACAGGACCAAGGACAAGGGAGACUUCCCAGGGACAUUUGUGGAGUACGUUGGGGUUGUGAGGAUCGGCCCUCCUGCACCUAAAUCUUGGCCCAGGCCUGUACCACAGAUCCCCGGGGGGUCACACACCGAUGUGGGGGCUCAGCCUCCUGGAGCAGCUGCUGCUUCAGGUGUGGAGGCGGAGCUUCUGUCUGAUUCGGCUCCUGUGGUUGUUUGGAGACUCAUCGAGGCCAUCGAGAAACAUGGUCUGAACAGUGAUUCUCUGUAUCGAGCUCCUCCAGCCACCAGUGGACCUGCAGAGCUGCGGCAGGCUCUGGACUCAGAUCCUUUCUCAGUGGACCUGGACCAGUAUGAUGUGGUUUCUCUGACAGAUGCUCUCCGAGGUUUCCUGCAGGAGCUAGCCGCCCCCAUCAUCCCCGCCACAGUCUACAGCGAGUUGGUCUACACUGCUCAAGAGAGUCAGAGUGUGGAGGAGUGCGGAGAGAGGCUGAAGAGUAUCCUGGAGUCUCCCAGCAUCCCUCAGGCCAACCACCAGGUCCUGGUCCACAUCAGCAGACACCUGGCCAGGGUCAGCCAGCACAGCCAGGCCGGCCCCCGGCUGCUGGGACAGGCCUUUGCCGAGGCCGUCUUCAAGCACUCAACUCUCAGUGCGGACGUAAACCCAGAGCAUCACGUCAGGAUCUUGGAGGCUUUAAUCGCAACUGGAGGUGUCAUGGAGAUGCAGGCUGCACCCGCUCUUCCUCCGAAGCCAGCUAAGCCACAGCAGCCCUCCUCGGUCGGGGUGGGCGGGGGCAGCACCAAUGGCACCAAGGACCAAGGAGGAGCAGGAGGCUCACUGCAAGAGGCCGAGUGGUACUGGGGUGACAUAUCCAGGGAAGAAGUGAAUGAUAAGCUCAGAGACAUGCCUGAUGGGACCUUCCUGGUUCGUGACGCGUCCACAAAGAUGCAGGGAGACUACACGCUCACACUGAGGAAGGGGGGCAACAACAAGCUGAUAAAGAUCUACCACCGGGACGGGAAAUACGGCUUCUCAGACCCCCUGACGUUCAGCUCGGUGGUGGAGCUCAUCAGCCACUACAGACACGAGUCGCUGGCUCAGUACAACACCAAGCUGGACGUCAAACUCAUGUUCCCCAUCUCCCGCUUCCAGCAGGACCAGCUGGUAAAGGAGGAUAAUAUUGAUGCCGUGGGGAAGAAGCUGCAGGAAUACCACAAUCAGUACCAGGAGAAGAGCAAAGAGUACGACAGACUGUACGAAGAAUACACCAAGACGUCGCAGGAGAUCCAGAUGAAGCGGACGGCCAUCGAAGCCUUCAACGAGACCAUCAAGAUCUUCGAGGAGCAGUGCCACACGCAGGAGCGCUACAGCAAGGACUACAUCGAGCGCUUUCGCCGCGAGGGCAACGACAAGGAGAUCGAGAGGAUCAUGAUGAACUACGAGAAGCUCAAGUCUCGGCUCGGAGAGAUCCACGACAGCAAGGUGCGGUUGGAGCAGGACCUGAAGACGCAAGCCAUGGACAACAGGGAGACGGAUAAAAAGAUGAACAGCCUGAAGCCCGACCUCAUACAGCUCCGCAAGAUCAGGGACCAGUACCUAGUCUGGCUCAAUCACAAAGGAGUUCGUCAGAAACGAAUUAACGACUGGCUUGGAAUCAAGAACGAAAACACUGACGAAGGCUACUUUGUGACUGAGGAGGACGAGAACUUGCCUCACUACGAUGAGAAGAGCUGGUUCGUCGGGGACCUGAACAGGACGCAGUCGGAGGAUCUGCUCACCGGGAAGCCGGACGGAGCGUUUCUCAUCCGAGAGAGCAGCAAAAAGGGCUGCUACGCCUGCUCUGUAAAUGUGGAAGGUGAAGUGAAGCACUGCGUGAUCUACAGCACACCGCGCGGCUUCGGCUUCGCUGAGCCCUACAACCUGUACAGCAGCCUGAAGGACCUGGUGCUCCACUACCACCAGACCUCCCUGGUGCAGCACAACGACUCGCUCAACGUGCGCCUCGCAUACCCCGUCUACGCACAGAUGCCCUCCGGACGCAGAUGAACCCCACCCACCCGGCCACGCCCCCACACGGACAACAAACCAACCCCCUCUUGGGGAAGGGAGAACGGGGAGAGUGAAGGAAGGAAGGAACGAGGGUGGGGAGGGGGAUUGGUUGAAAUACAAAGCAACCCCAACACCAGACCCGAUAAAGAUAGAAACAAAUUAAACACUUGCUGCAACACACACGUCAGCCACCUUGGAGUUAUAUAUUUUUACAAGAACAAUUUCGGAGGGCAUUCUUUCUAAAGACUGCUUGAUUUGCACAAGGAAGUUUUAAAUGUUUGUGAAUGUGAAGAAAAAAAAGCGACUAAAGGAAGGAAGGAAGGAAACGGAGUAGGAGACUUCAGAGUCUCAGAUUGACCCCGCUGCUACCUACACUCCAGCUCAGACUUUUCACCAGAAACUCAAAAACAACGCGAACGACGACAACAAAACAUUCCCAAACGUUUUUUUCUUUUGCACCUCAGAUGAAUAUAUUACGAGCUUUUUGUUUGUUUCUGGAGUCGCUUUCAUGUUUCCUUUUUGUUUCUCGUAGCUUUGUUUGCGGUAAAUGCAAGAGGAGAUGAUGUCAA